GCACGUCCUCAAUAACUGAGCGACGGAAGUGCCUAUAGCAGUGCGUGUGUGUGUAUCGUUUCAGAAGCGGGAACCGGUUUUAUGGGAAUAAUCAAAUAUUUCUGCGACAUUUAAUCGAAAUGAGUUUAUUCGGGACGAACACGGCCUUUGGGUCCGGGGGAACAGGUGUAUUUGGCAGCACCACCACAGACAGUCAUAAUCCAAUGAAGGAUGUUGAAGUAACAUCGCCACCCGAUGACAGCAUAAGCUGCUUGGCAUUCAGUCCUCCUACGAUGCCUGGAAACUUUCUCAUCGGAGGCUCGUGGGCCAAUGACGUGCGGUGCUGGGAGGUUCAAGAUAAUGGUCAGACUGUCCCUAAAGCCCAGCAGAUGCACACAGGCCCAGUGCUGGAUGUGUGCUGGAGUGAUGAUGGCAGUAAAGUCUUUACAGCCUCCUGUGACAAAACUGCCAAGAUGUGGGAUCUGAACAGCAAUCAGACCAUUCAGAUCGCACAACAUGAAGGCCCAAUCAGGACAAUUCACUGGAUUAAAGCGCCAAACUACAGCUGUGUUAUGACUGGCAGUUGGGACAAAACACUGAAGUUUUGGGAUACACGUUCCCCAAACCCCAUGAUGUCCCUGCAGAUGCCAGAGAGGUGUUACUGUGCAGAUGUGGUAUAUCCUAUGGCUGUUGUAGCUACUGCAGAACGUGGUCUUAUUGUUUACCAGUUGGAAAAUCAGCCUUCAGAGUUUCGUCGUAUAGAGUCACCUCUGAAGCAUCAGCACCGCUGUGUGGCUAUCUUUAAGGACAAGCAGAGUAAACCUACUGGUUUUGCACUGGGCAGCAUCGAGGGACGGGUUGCCAUUCAUUACAUAAACCCACCUAACCCAGCCAAGGACAAUUUCACCUUUAAGUGCCACAGGUCAAACGGAACCAAUACUGCCACACCCCAAGAUAUUUAUGCUGUGAAUGCUAUCUCCUUUCACCCUGUCCAUGGCACUCUGGCAACAGUAGGCUCUGAUGGGCGCUUCAGUUUCUGGGAUAAAGAUGCCCGCACUAAGCUGAAGACCUCUGAACAAUUAGAUCAGCCAAUAACGGCUUGUUGCUUCAAUAGCAAUGGGAACAUAUUUGCCUAUGCUUCUAGCUAUGACUGGUCUAAGGGACAUGAAUAUUACAAUCCCCAGAAAAAGAAUUACAUCUUCUUGAGGAAUGCGGCUGAGGAACUGAAGCCUCGGAACAAGAAAUGAUUUGUCAAGCUUCGCAUCACAUCUCGGAAGACCUGCGUUUGUGUGUAAAUAUGGGAGAAAGACCUCAAUUUGGCUAACACCUGGACCAAUGGCAUGGCUAUGCAUACUUUAUAUGGACCAAUCAGAAGGUGGCCAACUGCUCAUAAGCAAUUGUGAGCAGUGGCUUUUGAUAUAAGUAAGGAAGCCAUGCUUCAGUUUCUGAUGUAACUGAUGUACCUUUUUUCUUUCUUCAUGAAGAUCUUCGUUACUUGCAGCUCAUAUUUCUUGAUACUGCCUUACAAAGGAAAUGCAUUUUCGUCUUUGCUUUUCUUUAUGCUUGGUGUAUUAUCAAAUAAUGUAACCAAUAAUAAAUCUAUCUCAAGCUUUCUCUGCA